CCUCGGCUAAAGAUGCCACCAUCCUGCCGGCCUCACGUCCACCGUGGACCUGGUGAACAGGGAGCCGGACGGGGACGACCCCUGGGACCUGCCCGAGCUCAAAGACGCCGGGGUCAAGUGGUCGGACCUGGACACUAAAGGGAAGAUCAUGCGGGUGCUCAGCGGCAUCCUGAAGGCCGUGAUGCUGAUCGGACUUCUCUACCUGUUCAUCUGCUCGCUGGAUGUCCUCAGCUCCGCCUUCCAGCUGGUCGGAGGAAAAGCUGCUGGUGACAUCUUCCAGGACAAUGUGAUAUUGUCCAACCCUGUGGCCGGGCUGGUGAUCGGGGUGUUAGUCACAGUGCUGGUGCAGAGCUCCAGCACCUCCUCCUCCAUUGUGGUCAGCAUGGUGUCCUCUGGGUUGCUCGAUGUCCAGUCGGCGGUUCCGAUCAUCAUGGGCGCCAACAUCGGCACAUCGGUCACCAACACCAUCGUGGCGAUGAUGCAGGCGGGAGACCGUAACGAGUUCCGCAGGUAAAUCAGGGCCCACGUGAACGAUUACGUUACAAAGACG